UAAUCAUGAGAGAGCUCGUCAACAUUCCACUGGUACAUAUUCUUACUUUGGUUGCCUUCAGCGGGACUGAGAAACUUCCAAAAGCUCCUGUCAUCACUACUCCUCUGGAAACAGUGGAUGCCUUAGUUGAAGAAGUGGCUACUUUCAUGUGUGCAGUGGAAUCCUAUCCCCAGCCUGAAAUUUCUUGGACCAGAAAUAAAAUUCUCAUUAAGCUCUUUGACACCCGGUACAGCAUUCGAGAGAACGGGCAGCUCCUCACCAUCCUGAGCGUAGAAGACAGUGAUGAUGGCAUCUACUGUUGCACAGCGAACAAUGGCGUGGGGGGCGCCGUGGAGAGCUGUGGGGCUCUGCAAGUGAAGAUGAAGCCAAAAAUAACUCGUCCUCCCAUAAAUGUAAAAAUAAUAGAAGGAUUAAAGGCAGUUCUACCAUGUACUACAAUGGGCAAUCCCAAACCAUCAGUGUCGUGGAUUAAGGGGGACGGUGCACUCAGGGAAAAUUCCCGCAUUGCAGUUCUUGAAUCUGGGAGUUUAAGGAUUCACAAUGUGCAAAAGGAAGAUGCAGGACAUUAUCGAUGUGUGGCAAAAAACAGCCUCGGGACGGCAUAUUCCAAAUUGGUGAAGCUGGAAGUUGAGGCUCUUAAUAUGACAAAUGCCACAGAGAGAGAAGAAAGUGAACCUGAACAAGAUACUAAAGUUUUUGCCAGAAUCCUGCGGGCUCCUGAAUCCCACAAUGUCACAUUUGGCUCCUUUGUGACUCUGCGCUGUACAGCAACAGGCAUCCCUGUCCCUACCAUCACCUGGAUUGAAAACGGAAAUGCUGUUUCUUCUGGGUCCAUUCAAGAAAGUGUGAAAGACCGAGUGAUUGACUCAAGAUUGCAGCUGUUUAUCACUAAGCCAGGACUCUUCACAUGCAUAGCUACUAAUAAGCAUGGAGAUAAAUUCAGCACUGCAAAGGCUGCAGCCACCAUCAGCAUAGCAGAAUGGAGUAAACUACAGAAAGAUAACAAAGGCUACUGCGCCCAGUACAGAGGGGAGGUGUGUAAUGCUGUCCUGGCCAAAGACGCUCUUGUUUUCUUCAACAACUCCCAUGCAGACCCUGAGGAGGCCCAAGAACUACUGGUUCAUACCGCCUGGAAUGAACUGAAAGCAGUGAGCCCAUUUUGCCGGCCAGCUGCUGAGGCUUUGCUGUGUAACUACAUCUUCCAAGGCUGCAACCCUGGGCUAGUGCCUAUUCCUACACCCAUUUGCAGAGAAUAUUGCCUGGCAGUAAAGGAGCUCUUCUGUGCAAAAGAGUGGCUGGCAAUGGAAGAAAAGACUCACAGAGGACUCUACAAAUCUGGGAUGCACCUGCUCUCUGUGCCAGAUUGCAACAAGCUCCCCAGCAUGCACUGGGACCCCAUGGCCUGCACCAGACUGCCAUAUUUAGCAUUCCCACCCAUGACAUCCUCAAAGCCAAGCGUGGACAUUCCAGACUUGCCUUCCUCUUCCUCUUCCUCCUUCUCUGUCUCACCUACAUACUCCAUGACUGUAAUAAUCUCCAUCAUGUCCAGCUUUGCCAUAUUUGUGCUUCUUACGGUAACUACUCUUUAUUGCUGCCGAAGACGAAAACAAUGGAAAAAUAAGAAAAGAGAAUCUGCGGCAGUAACCCUCACUACUCUUCCUUCUGAGCUCUUGCUAGACAGACUUCAUCCCAACCCCAUGUACCAGAGGAUGCCACUCCUUCUCAAUCCCAAAUUGCUCAGCCUGGAGUACCCAAGGAAUAACAUUGAAUAUGUGAGAGAUAUUGGAGAGGGAGCAUUUGGAAGGGUCUUUCAAGCAAGGGCUCCAGGCUUACUUCCAUAUGAACCUUUCACAAUGGUGGCAGUGAAGAUGCUCAAAGAAGAAGCCUCAGCAGAUAUGCAAGCAGACUUUCAGAGGGAGGCAGCCCUCAUGGCAGAGUUUGAUAACCCUAACAUUGUGAAACUCUUAGGCGUGUGUGCAGUCGGGAAACCCAUGUGCCUGCUCUUCGAAUACAUGGCCUAUGGCGACCUCAACGAGUUCCUCCGCAGCAUGGCCCCGCACAGCGGGUGCAGCCCCAGUCACGGCGACCUGUCCGGGAGGGCCCAGGCGUCCAGCCCUGCCCCGCCGCCCCUCUCCUGCGCCGAGCAGCUCUGCAUCGCCAGGCAGGUGGCCGCCGGCAUGGCUUACCUCUCGGAGCGCAAGUUUGUGCACCGGGAUCUGGCCACCCGGAACUGCCUGGUGGGCGAGAACAUGGUGGUGAAAAUCGCCGACUUCGGCCUCUCCAGGAACAUCUACUCGGCGGACUACUACAAAGCCAACGAAAACGACGCCAUCCCCAUCCGCUGGAUGCCCCCCGAGUCCAUUUUCUACAACCGCUACACCACCGAGUCGGACGUGUGGGCCUACGGCGUGGUGCUGUGGGAGAUCUUCUCGUACGGCCUGCAGCCCUACUACGGCAUGGCCCACGAGGAGGUCAUCUACUACGUGCGCGACGGCCACAUCCUCGCCUGCCCCGAGGACUGCCCCCUGGAGUUGUACAACCUGAUGCGCCUCUGCUGGAGCAAGCUGCCCGCCGACAGGCCCAGCUUCGCCAGCAUUCACCGCAUCCUGCAACGGAUGUGCGAGAGGGCGGAGGGGACGCUGAGCGUCUGAGGGCGCAGGGAUGCCCAGGGAAACGCCGCGGUCCCCUCUCGGCCUCUCAGAGGCCCCCGCCCGGGCUCCAGACCCGGAGGAGGGCUGGCGGACGCCAGGAGCAUGCGCGGUCUGUGUCUCGGCCAGAACCGAGCCUGCGCAGAACUCACGCGGAAGCCCCACCCAUCCGGGGUCCACCAUUGCAAAGGCCGCCUAAGCUUCGUGUCCGGAAGAAGAUGGCAUCCUCUUCGGUCCCUGAAUUGGCUGGCGGCAGAGUCAGACUGUGAUGCGUUAAAUUUUAAUACGAAAUGUGAUACAGAGCUUCAUUUUUAAUAGAGUAAUUCCCGUCCAUUAUGAAAGUAUCUUCCUGGGAGACAUUCAGGUCAAGUACAGAACGCUAAGAAGGAAAAACUAUUCAUUGUCUCCCCACCUAAAGAUGGGUGCUGGUGUUUGUUUUUCUUAUUGAAUUUAUUUCUCGCGUUUAUGCCUAAUUUUAUAUUUGUAAUCUACAAAGUUGUGGCUAUACUUUAUUGAGAGGGCUUCUAAGGAAUAAAGUGACAAAUUAGUAAGGCUGUAUUCUGAUUGUGAUUUUUAGUUUCCUUUUCUGUCUCUGCUGCUUCUCCUGUGGAAGUUUUCCCUUUGUGUGCCCUUGCCAUAAAUUUCAUCUGCUUAUUUUAUUCCUACAGUUUUUCUGAAAAAAACUUUGUCUCAUUAAUUUACCUUUUUCUUUGAAAUUUUUAUUGGUAUCUUUUCCUUUGCUUUAAUUUUAUUUCUUUCACUUUCCAGGACUUUGUCUUUUUUUGGUUAUCUGUUUUUUUUCUUUUUACCUCAUAUAUACAAUGAAUACCCUGACAGAGUAGCAACUUUUAAAGUAACACUGUAGGAUGUAUGUAACUUUUGCAAAGUAAUACCGUUUUCUUCUGUACUGGCUUCUGAAGCUAUGCAUUUCAAAUUUGUCAUCCAUUAAUUUAUUGCCACAGACUAUUAAAUCCCUUAAACCAUAGUUUACGAGAUGUCACAAGAUGGUCUUGUGGCUCUGAGUUAUUUAAAAGUUGAUGUUUUUGUGCAUUCUGACAUUUUUUCUUGCUAGAAACCAAUACCAUAGGCAGUAGAACUAAUAUAGUGUUAUUUAUCAACUUUUUGCAGGGCUACUAACCCAAUCUUGUUACAUUUUGAUUCUGGAAGCAAACCAACCAACCAACCAACCAACCAACCUCCAGAACUCAGAUCCCUGGUGCACAGAUUUUUCAGAGGACCUGCCACAUGAUACAUCUUUUUCUAAGGUCAACGUGAAUAAUAUGAAUUUUUUUCUGAAAUGGUAUGAACCCAAAUUCUCCUGAAAAAACAAAUAAACGGGGAAGAGAAAAUAGCAAUCUACUGUAGACCAACUUAUUUUAAUUCAAACUAAUUGGUAGUUAGGACAUGGAGAAAUGGUCUGAAUUCUUAAAAGUAGAUUUUCAACUGUCUGCUGGAAGAAUCCACCUGAAAUCUCCAAAUCUGCCUCCAUGCAACAACUUGUCCUCUUUACUGGAAAACCUGCCAUUUCUUGUUCAUAGUCCCUCUGGGCAACCAAGACAAAAACAUAGAAAUUACCCUGGACUUUGCCCUCUUCUUCACCCCUGACAUUCUAUCAGUUUUACUUUCUAAAACCCUCCUGCUCAUGUCCCUUGCCUUUCGAUCCAACUGCCCAUUACUCAGACUCUAUCACAACCUUCCUUCCAUUUCAGUCCCAAGCAGAUUCCAUGGCUAUGACAACAGGAGGACAUGCUUAUUCAGAGUUCCAAUUCAUCAUAGAGAAGUCAUAAUUCAGUAUUGAGACGCAGAGGGGUGCUUUGGAUCAAAGUCAGGAUUGUAAGUCCAAAAUUAAGACAGUCAUCCAAAGGGCUAGUUGAAGAAUAAGGUUGUAGCCUGUGUCCAAAACAAAAGGCCAAGAGGCCAAUAAAGCAGAAAAGCUGGAGAGGGCCAGCAUCCCGUGUGGAUCUUUCGUGUAGUUAUCCAUGGCAUCCUUAACCUGGUUCAGACAUGCGUGCCAUAUAUGCUCUGCAAACUUCUAAGAUGUUUUCAGGUUUCUUCAGCUGAGAAAGUUUUAUUAUAAAAGAAAGACAUGGAAAUCAAGCCAACCAGAAAAGCCAGCCCACAGAAAAUCAGGGUCAGGACAGGUACUCAGUACCCAGCGUGUGGCUUGUGAUGCAGGAGUCAUGUUGCCCCUCAAACCAGGUGUCCAUAGCCUGGUUCUAUCAUCUGCCACUUUGAGCUCUUUUCUGUUUCCCUCCUACUGCUGAAUCACUGCCCUUACUUUCCUGUCUCUUCCUCAUGGCUUCUACAGCCUCCUGGAUUCCCUGUCUGUGUGUUUUAGGCUCUGAUAGUCAAGAUCCCAAAGCAAACAAAUCAUAAAGAUAUCAGGAAGUACAGUGAGUGAACGAGUAAGCAAGUAAAUAUGAUGGAAACCAUUCAAUUUUAUUAAAUACUUAAAGUAACUGAAAACGAAAAUAAGCAGAAAUCCCCUUAUAAUAAUGGUAGUCAUAAAAAUAAUACUCUCAGCUAGCGUUUACUGAAUGCUUACCAUAUACAUUCUAAGGCCUCUAAAUAUAGUAUCUUUAAUUGUACACUAUCCCUGCAAUGUCAGUACUAUUGUUAUAUGCCCAUUUUUAGGUGAGGAAACAGGCAAAGAGAGAUUGCGUAACUGACCCAAGCACACAAAGCAACAGAGCCUAGUGUAUGACCAAAAGAGGCUGAGCUUUCAAUCACCAUACUGUGGUGUUGCCAAUGAUUGUAGAGGGAACAACUGAAUCUCGAUGACUCUAUGGAGGUGAUUUGUAAUUUGCAUGGAGUUUCAAAGCACACACUAUACCCCUUAUACUAUUAAUUUCCUCUCCAAAUCUUAAAUAGCAAAAAAAGUAUAUUUUGGCAUUGUUGAUUUAAUCAAAAGAUCAAAUAAAUGGCAGAUUUUGUUGUUGUUGUUGUUGUUGUUAGUUCUAAGUACAUUUUCAAGUCAUGUAAGGUUAUUUGCUCUGUGCUCAUGUUAAGGUUCUGUAUCUCAGGAACACAGACCCAUUACAUACCAGUACUGUUUUCUUUGUUAAAUGUAGAUCUUUCCCAUUGUAAAAUCACUGUAUACAUUCAUAAGGAGAGACAAGAGAGAGACCGAGCAUCAUUGUUACCAAGUGUUGGAACAAGCACCAACAAGCCAUCUUAAGUGGUUGAGUAUCAGAUGUGACAAGAGCACCAGGGUGUUGCAGGUGGCACCGAAAAAACGCAUUCCCUGGUUUGUAAAGAAGCAGAAAAAGAACACUUCUUUCCAUUUUGCCAUAUGUUAUAAACCGUUACAUGUCAUUAACCUUUCUUCUAAAGUCCAAUUUAAUUUCUGAAUAAUAUUCCAAUUUAUGGAUAUACCAUAAUUUAGUUAAUUUAUUUUUGAACAUUUGAGUCUUUUCUAAUGUUCACUAUUACAAACAAUAUUGUAAUGGUCAUCCUUAUUUGCACAUGUCCAUAAUUAUCUCUUUAUGGAAACUCUGAGAAAGGGAAUGUCUGGGCCAAAUGGCAUGUACAACAUUAAGGCUUUUGUUAUGUAUUAUCAUAUUCUCUAGAAGUAUUGUUCCCAUCUGCAUUGUACAAAUGAUCUCAUAGCCCUAAACAUUUGCUGUCACAGAGAAUUCUCUACUUUUUAGAAGACUUGUCUGUUGGUGAUAGAAAAAGAUUAUCUCAUUUUGAUUUUAUUUUUUAAAUUACUAGUGGGGUUGAAUUUUUCUUGUUCCUAGGUCAUUUAUGGUUUUUAUUUUGAGAGUCAUCUAGAGCCCAUUUUUCUGCUGUGUUGUUCAUUUUUCUAAUUGACUUGCAAGAGUAAUUUUAUGAAAAGAGUAUUAAUCCUUUGUCAUAGUUUAAACAAAAGGGAAAAAAUAUACACACUUUUACCUUAAGAUAACAUUUACUUUAUUGCAAAGCAAUACUUGUUUAUUUUUUGAAAAGAAAAAAUAAUAUACAAUAAUAUACAAUGUACAAUAGAGAAAAUGAAAGAAUACCAACCAGUGGUAACUAACAUUAACAUCAUGAUAUUGUUCCAGCUUUUUUCAGAUAGAUGCAUAAGUAGUAGGUAAAUAGAUAAAUGAUAGCUUGAGAGCUAGCUAGCUAGAUAUAGAGAAUCAUUUUAAA